AUGAUCAUUUGUGUUAAUGCGGAUUUUCUGUUCCAGGGAGUUUUCUGCAUUUAAAGAAAAGUCACCACAAGAUAUAGCCGAUGCGCUUCUCUCUUUGAAGCACGCAGUGGUACAUCCGGGUCUUGGAGGACAGUUAUCUCCCCUUUCGCCAACCAUGCAUAUUGGUCAAGCACCUGCUGGACCGGGUUCGAAUAAUGGACAACACCCUCAAAGCAUUGGUUAUGCACUCAAUCCAAACCCACAGAUGCCGCAGAACAUAUAUCCUUCACAACAGUCCCCACAAUAUGGCGUGCCGCCUUACCCAUGUGAACCACAGACGAACAUGUUUCCCUCUAUGAGCGUAAGUGUAUCUAUGAGUAUGAAUGUAGGGAUGCCGCCACAUGGUGUUAAUAAUUGUCAGUAUAACCCAGUGCAUCACCAACAGUGGCCAAGUCCACAACAACAACCCCCGCCAAGGACGAUAACUCCCCAAUACCAACACUCCCAAUACAACAUGGCGCCUCUCUCGCCCCAAUACAACUGUCCUCAGAAUCACUCUUAUCAAACUUCGUAUUCCCUACCGUCGGAUUUACGGCCAUUGUCAAAUUCGGAACCCAGAGGAAUAUUCUAUCGUCCUCAUGAUAAUUUGAAAGAGGCAGCGAGACUAUGUGCUGUUAAUCACUGGAAGAGGUCAAAGUUCUUCGGAGGACGGCAUGCACAUGCAACAUUGCAAAGUGAAAAUAACAAGGUCAAUUUGUGUAGGAUUUGUGGGAAAACGUACGCGCGUCCUAGCACUUUAAAAACUCACUUGAGGACGCACUCAGGUGAGAAACCAUACAGGUGUUCAACAUGUGACAAGUCCUUCUCUCAGGCAGCCAACUUAACAGCACACAUUCGGACGCAUAGCGGGGAAAAGCCUUUCAGGUGUCCGAUCUGCGACCGAAGGUUCUCGCAGAGUUCAAGCGUCACUACGCAUAUGCGCACUCAUUCCGGAGAAAGACCUUACAGAUGCAGACUGUGUAAGAAAGCCUUUUCAGAUAGUUCUACACUAACUAAACAUCUUCGUAUCCACAGUGGAGAAAAACCCUAUCAGUGUAAACUUUGUCUUCUCCGCUUCUCACAAUCCGGAAACCUCAACAGACACAUGCGAGUUCACGCUAAUUCGUCAUAG